UUCCAAUGGAUCCGCCUCUCACAUCUCUGAGAUUGAAACUGACUGAACAAGCUUCUGCACGGACAAAUUCUGCAAGAUGGAGGCAGGUGUAGUCGUCCUGCUGUUGUUCGCACUGUUGGGGAUUUCUUCGACGCUCAGCUUUUAUGGAGAUAGCAUUAGUUUCAUGCCUCCAAAAAAGAACGGGGAUGGGACAUUUAAGGUGACCUUUUAUCACAGACAGAAUGGCAGAAGCAACUGUGAAGAUCAAUCUUCUUUCAAAUGUGAGAGUGGGGUGUGCACAAGCUUGGAUGAGUCCAGUGUGCUGCAAACGGACCAGGACAACACCGGCCAGCACAGGUGGUGUCAGUCUGAAGGGCACACAACAGCAACCAUCCGCACUAAUAAAACCUCCUUUUCUCUGAUGGACUCGGGCUGCUGCUGGGCGUCUAAUGUCGACGGGAAAACAAACUGGACGGCUCAAGCAGAGUUGGACCUGGGACGUCGAUCUGACUCAUACGCCCUCAACGGCUGUCCCGUAACAACAACAGUGUCUCGUCUACGAUCGCCUCAGAACUGCUUUUCAGGGCUUCCUCUUCUGGCAUACGAUCCAGACGGAGAUCAUGUGAGGUGCCGCUUUGCUACAAAGUCUACAGCUCCUGCAAACUUCACUAUGGAUGAGACUACGUGCACGCUGAAAACCACGGGUCAAAUUGGCAUCGGUGUCCACGUCUUUGAGCUGAUGCUGGAGGACUCUUCCAGGAAAAACAUCACGUUGACCUACGCAGAUGGAACAUCAGCAUUUCGGGAGGCCUCCGACAUAAACUCGCCGCCUCUCUGCAAAGUGAAGCUGCAGUUCUCCAUGGAGAUCCUUCCUCCAAUACCAAACUGUGAGGCUGGUCACGUGCAGCCCAUGUUCUUGUCCAGGACUCCUUCCCAUGGGGAUGUUCUUCACGCCACUGUGGGUCAGACAUUCCAGCUUUAUGCCCAAGCACAGGCACACCAUGCCAGCAUAAACGACUUCCAGGUGAGUGGCCCCCAGAACAUGAGCAAAGUGUUCAAAGACGAUAAGUUUGGAAAAGCCGAUGUGACUCUGAGCUGGACGCCACAGCACAGCGACCUGUACAGAUCUGUCCCAGUGUGCUUCACUGCAGAGACAAAUCAAAGCCAAUCAGACAUGAGGUGUGUUGUUCUCAUGGUAACCCAAGCAGCUCUCAUUCAAGGCAAGGCCAGCGUCACAUGCUCACCAAACAAGAUGACGGUGGCCCUGGAGAAAGCUUCCAUGCCCGGCAUCGACGUGAACUUCCUCCAGCUGAGAGACUCAUCGUGCUCUCUCACCUCCAACGGCACGCACAUCUUAGGCAGCAUGUCAUUCACAACCUGCGGCACAAAACUUGAGGACGGAGGUGACUUUCUCGUUUUUGUGAAUGAGAUCAACUCCUUCGAGCUGGCCAACGAGAUAAUAGUCCGAAGGAAGACAGUUAAGAUCGAAAUCUCUUGCAAGUUUCCCAAAACCAUCAGCAUCUCCAGUUACUACAAUCUCCAAAAGUCUGACUACAUUUUCACUGAGUCCAGCUUCGGCAGCUUUGGCUAUACUUUUGACAUAUACACCAAUAGCAACUUUACAAGCAAAGUGCCGGCCAUCGCCUAUCCAGUGGAGGUCAAUUUGUUAGAAGAGAUUUAUAUGGGCAUUCGGGCUGAAUCGGAUCUACCAAAUGUGUCUUUGUUUGUCGAAUCAUGCAAAGCCACUCCUGAUGACAACCCUAACAACGCCCUCUCCUAUGACCUCAUCAAGAACGGGUGUCUACUGGAUGAGACUCUUAAAGUCCACCAAUCAAACCUGACUGCAUUCAACUUUGAGCUUCAAGUCUUCAAAUUUUCUGGAAACUAUAACGAGGUGUACAUCACCUGCUCCGUCAUCCUGUGCGAGUCUGGGAAUGCCUUUUCCAGAUGUGCCCAAGGUUGUGUGGCGCAGCCAGCCCGCAGACGCAAGCGAUCGCUGCACAAAGAGACAGUCAGCCACUCCAUAACCCAGGGUCCAUUUCAGUUUGUCGGGCAGGAAGUUCCAAAUGCAGUCAUGGGAGAUAACAACAGUCUGAUGAAAAAGAGUGACACAGCUGCUGAAGUGAACCCUCCACCAGUUUCUCCAGACACCAAAUCAAGCGGAGAACGUCAGGACUUUGCUCCUACAGUCUCCAGCGGAGGAGGAGGUUGGGGAAUUAAGCAGAUCCUCAGCACCAACAUCAGCACCGUGGUCUUUGGCUGCGUCUUCUCAGUAGCACUGGUGUUGAUGGCUGUGCUGCUUCAUUACUUCAUGAGGAAGAGAAAAGCAGACGACCAAAAAUCUCUCUUAGGUUCCGGCUGGGAGAACUAAAACCCAACUCAUUUAAUAACAUGAUAACAUGUUUUACACAGCAUGUAUGUUUUAAGUUAUAUUUUAGUAAAGGAUAGGUUCAGAGUCUUAAAACAAUACUCAUGCCCAGAUGCAGUGAUUCUCAAACCUGGUCCGUGGCCCGUGCAAGUUUUCAGUUUUCAGUUUCAUUGUUUUAAAUUAUUAUUAUUUUAAAUAAUUUUUUUUUUCUUACAAAAGGCUUCAUAGUUCAACGAAUAAUGUUUUAAUUUGUAAAUCUAUAAUAUUUUAUAGAUUACAUCCAACUCUAUAACUUGCACUAAACAAAAAAAUCUUUAAUACAUGUCGAAUAUCUUUCUAAUACAUUUCUAUUGUGUUGUUUUCACGUAAUUAACACUAUAGUAGUGUAAAUAAUACACUCAAAAUAUUCCAAGGGACAUACAUGAGGGGGCCCCUUCCUUGGUUAAAAAAAGAUUGACAACCUCUGCCAAAAUGUACAUUCAUUCAUCAUCCCUCCUGAUCAUAGCCAUUGAAUAGAUCCCUAACAUUUUUU